AUACACGAACGUAAACAAACCAGUCGAACGCUGGAACUUGGCCAGUGUAAAAGUGCCGGGUGAGAAAAUUAACCAAUUUAUUGAAAUUAGAAUAGCAGCAAGAAAUUCCUUGGAACAUGUGGCCGUUGGUGAUGAAUGUGCUGAGGGCGUAUGCGCCCUACAUCACUUUGCCUGCAGCAGCGGUCAUAGGGUUUGUGGGGUACAACAUCGAAAAGCACUUUCGCACCCCUCCACCCAAUCGCCCGUCUAUUGAAGAGCAGCGGAAUGAGAGGCUUUUGAAGGAACUCCUGGAAGCUAAGGAAGCAGCACCUGCACCUCUCAGUGAAAAGACCUUUGUUCCAAAGACGAUAUUUGAGAAAAAUUUGUCACCUUCUUUAGCGAAAGAGGAAUAAGACUGUGAUUCAUGUAGACUGAAUGUGUGAAUAAUUGAUACCUCGUAAUAUUGCUAUUUUGAUUAUUUUGUGGGGAGGGAUUGUCAACUGAAGGAGCUGUAGUAUGGACUAAUUGUUAUAACUCUUACAUCAGGACCCCAACUCACUUUUAUUUGUAAAUAUGGGCAGGGGAAGAUAAAAAAAGAGUUAUUAGGAUAACACUAAUAAGAUAUUUUUAUAAGUUUAAGUUGAAGAAAAUUCUCCCAAUAUAACAAAGUCCACUUUCACUUGAGGGAUGCAGCUAUUGGCUUAAGGAAUGGGUCAUUAAGAUAAGUACAGACUCAACAAUAUGCUAGCAUUUUAUUACAGUUGUAUAUUAAAUUUUGAAUAUUCCCAUUGCCUUGUAUAUGUGAAUUGUCUAGCACCCCAACUCCUUGUCACAACAACAGUAUGCGUGUAUAUUAUGUAUAUUAUUCAGUACAAGCCCAGAUGUACUUCCAUAAAAGAAUGGGGUUACCUUUCAAAAGCUAUUGUGUAAAUAAAGAGAAGAUGAGGAAAAGUUGAUUAUGUACAAAUAUAGAAUUGAUAACUUUAAUAGGAAUUGUUCAUAUUUAUUCAGUUGAUAUAAUAAACUUUGCUCAUAGAAGAAAUGCUUGGGAUAUGAUAUUACACAUUUGACAUUUUUAGAUUUUCAAAAUAAAGUUUUUAAAUUCCCAAAAAAUGAAGUUCUUUUCAGCUAUUUAGAUGGAGUGAAUGGAAUAUUAGAUAUUUAUUUUUUAAUCCAUUCUGUUGGUUGUAAUCAUUAGCUAGAACACACUUAUGCAGAAUUAUUAAUAUAAAAGAAAUAAUUUCUACACUUUCUUCAAGAUUAUCAGCAAAAUAAUUUAAAUGUUUUCUUUUAAAGUCUAAAACAAAUUCAUAAUUUUUACACCAAAUAAAAGCUUUUUCUUCA